GUCCGCUGGCGGGGCAGUUGUCGUGCUGGACUCGCUGUGUGUUGAACGCUCUGGUUUUCAUUUCGAAUGCGUGGGAUCGGCUCUGUACAUCGACUUAACUCAAAAUAAUCCACUAAUUGCCAUUUUUCGGGUUCUCAUUCAAUAAUUACACCUUAUUAUUACUGUUUGAUUUCAAUUGGCAGUGCGAUCAGUCUGCUCGGGAUUUUAGCCUCAGGAUGUGGCUGCUACUGCUUUUGCUGGCCUUAAUUUCGCCCUCGUGGCAGGAAAAUGCCACAGUGAUCACCAGUAGUUAUGUGACCAAAGCGGGAUGUGAGGCCCGGGUCAAGGAGCCAAAUCUCUGCGAUUGCCAGGAUCAGGAGAUCAAGUGUGAAAAUCUCCAGUUGCACAGUGAUAAUCUGAACUUAUACGGCAUCAGCUGCAGUAUCUUCGAUGCUAGAGGAUAUGGUUAUAUACCACCUCUACAAGUGGGUAAUAUUGGCUCCCUGAUCGUUCAAAACUGCGCCAUACCAAAUGCCCAGAGUAUAAAGUACCUGCUCAGUAAACUGGGCGUAAGUAACUACACCGAACUGGAGAUCUUCAACUACUUUGAUCCCAAGAAAACCGAUCGAGGUGAGGUCCUGCAGCAACACUACACAGAUCACGAGGGUCUCAAGAAGGUCUCCAUCAUUGGUUUCAAAUCCACAUUGCCGGAGAACUUUUUGGAAAACCUGCCGGCUCUCAAACAACUCUCUUUAAAAGGAAGUAGUGAUCUACCCGGUUCAAUUCUGCAUAAUCUGAAGAACUUAACCCAUCUGGAAAUUGUGGUCAAGAACUUGGGCAAGGUAUCUGGUGACAUAUUCGCCAAGCAGACCAAACUGAAGCACCUGAUGAUCGAUUGCGAUGCCAAGAAUAGUAGUGUCGAGAUGUCAGCUUUUGGACCCCAGGAACUUUGGCACAUGACCGAUCUUCAGUCGGUUGAGAUCUUCAACUGCGGCGAUAAUGUGCCCACCGAGUUGUUCUGGAUGUCGGAACAGUUGGCCUACAUUGGAAUAAGAAGUAAUAUCAGCUAUCUCAGCAAGGACUUCUUCAAGGUACAGAAGAAACUGCUCACUUUGAGAUUGGAGAGGAACAAUAUUGCCAGACUGCCUGAUCAGCUCUUCCGGAAUACUCCUCUACUUUUGGAAAUACACCUGGCAUUCAACAAUUUGGAUCGCAUUCAGAGCGGUCUCUUUGACAAGCUAAGGAACCUACAGGUGCUGAAUUUGGAGCACAAUCCGAUAACAACCAUCGCUCUGAAUGCCUUUACCCCCAUACCAACUGCCCAUAUCUACGUUGGUAAACUCUUCAAGGCGGCGAAAAACAAUGCCGACUGGGCUCGAUCCACGAAUGCCACAAUCUGCGAGGAGGAGUAUAUCUACGGGGUGUGCAUCUACUGCAAACGAGAUGAGUAUCUGGACCACUUUGCCGACUCGGAAAACUGCAACAAACCGAAUCCGAAGGCCAAGGAUGUGCUGGCCAAGAAGGCCUACGAGAACCAGCUGAAGGCCAUGCCCACCCACUCCUGGAAAAAGGCCAAGGAAUAUCCCGAGAAGGAGGAAAAGCCCUAAGCGCCCAAAACGCUUCACUGCGAUUUUACGCAUCGGUACUAACUAGUUUAUGGACUUAUGAAUUGUUUAUGUCUAUCACUAUAAUGAGAUUAAAAUAAACUGCAAUUAGAGUAAGCGAAAAGAAGAGUAUGUUUAAUUUUCUUUAAAAUUUUAAGUGGAAAUAAUUACUGAUUGUAUCUCAAAUAAAUUAAACUCAAUGUUGCCUUUUUACAAUUUUUCAAACAGCACUUUAAUCUACAAAUACGUAAGCUUAU